AUGUCAGCCACAUCGUCGUCCCCGGCGGCGGCGGGGUCUUCCCCCCUCCAGCCCUGGGCCACAAGACCACAACACAACUGCCUCGAGUGCAAGCGGCUCAAGAGAGCCUGCGAUAAGGGAUUUCCGUGCAGCAAAUGCGUCAAAGCGAAUCGGACCUGCGAGUACAAAGACCCCUGCGACGACGGCGUUUAUGGACCUAUUUCGGCCGCCAAGGACAUCCAUUCGCUCACAUUCGGCACGCUCCUGGACAUCCUCGUCAGCAAGCCGCGCGUUAAGGAAGCUGUCUCGCUGUACUUUGGCGGCGUCAACACCUGGUUCACCAUCGUCGAGAGGGCGAGUUUCGAGAGGGACCUGGAGGCUGGCUGGGACAAUCUCCCGGCUGAGAGAAGCGCUAUGGCGCUUUGCAUGGCGCUCGUCGCCCGCCCGCCGAACCAAAAAUCGAGCAAAGGCAUGGGAGAUACCGUCUAUCCCACCACCAAGGCCAUUCUCGGCCUGGUCCAGAGCAAACUCCCCAUGUCGGUACACAUGCUGCAGGCCGAGCUUCUCGUCGCCAUGUACGAGUUCUCCCAGGCGAUGCCCCAGCAAGCGUACAUGUCCCUUGGGCAUUGCCUCCAAAUGACCAAAGCAUUCGGCUGGCACAACGCUGCGUUUUGGACCCCCGACCGCCAAGCGUCCAACCCGGGAGAGUUGAAGCUCAACUCUAUCCUAUGCCUCCUCAAUGUCGCAUACGACCAAGCGUACCCGAUGCACACCACGGGUCUUGCUCCGGUCAGUCCGUUUCAAUUCGGAGGCCAGGGCCAGGGGUUCCGCGAGGCCAACGGCGACCAAAUCGACGGCAUGGCUUUCCCCGAAGGGACUUCUGCCUGGUAUCUUAGCAACGUCUUGCAGCAGCUGUCGAACCCCACGAUGCCUGCAGUUGUCGACCCCAAAACCCUCUCUAGUAUGAUCUUCCAGCACAUUAAGAUUAUGACCUCUAUGGGGUGCCGGGUGGGGACGAGUUGCAUAGCCUUCAUGAAGCUCCAUCAGCCAGGCCUAUUUGGGGGGAUUGGGCCGAUGUCGAUUAUGGGCCAGGGCAACCCCCAAGCCGUAAAUGCAAUCCGGGUGACCACCGACAUGAUCCAUGGCAAGGCCGCGAAACUCGCCCAAUCCGACGAUCAAUUAAACAGGGGACUCGUUGACCCUUCCUGGGCGUUCGCCAUGUGCUACGCCUCGCAGUUGCUCGUUUCGCACGGCGACAACGUUCUCCAGGACGCCAACUGGUACCAAAAGGUCACCAUCCUCAGGAAUGCCCUCGAUAAGAACAGCACUGCGAAUUGGUUAAAAUCGGCCUCGAUAACCGUCUCACUGGCUUUGCCCAUUGAUUACUUGACCUCCAAACGAGAGGCAUAG